AUGCAGCUGUGCUCCGAUCGCACGCCCACCAGCCCAUCGCGCACCCGCCAGCCCGCUGCACUGACACGGGGACCUCCGCCUUUGUGCUGUGAUCGUGUGCGCUGGCCAGCCAUGCUGUGCUCGUUCGCAUGCCCGCGGGGGCCACCUCUGCGAAUGGAGCAUGAUGGUGACAUUGCGGGAAAUUAUGUGGAUAUGAGUGAGCUCAAUCCCAAGAAGCCAGGAAACAGCCAGUUCUGCAGGCUGAAAUCCCAGCACUGGGGAGCUGGAGCUGGGGAGAGGUGCUUGCUAGCCAGCCACUGCAGCCAACGAGUGAAGUCCCUUCGCCUGCCACUCUGCCGCGCCUUGGCGGGCCGCGGCUGUCGGCUGGCUCCCCAGCGCAGUGAGGAGCGCAGGGAGGCGGCGUCGAGCCGGGUCUCAAGAUUCUGUCCUCCAAGACAAUCCUGUCAUGAUUGGAUAGGACCUCCAGAUAAAUAUUCAAACCUUCGACCUGUUCAUUUUUACAUCCCUGAAAAUGAAUCACCAAUGGAACAAAAGCUCAGAGAACUGAGACAGGAAACACAAGAAUGGAAUCAGCAGUUCUGGGCUAACCAGAAUUUGACUUUUAAUAAGAAAAAAGAAGAAUUCAUUCACUCAAGACUGAAAGCUAAGGGAUUGGACCUGAGAAAUGAAACAGGUCAGAAAGCAACACUGAUUGCAGAAGAAAUGGCUGACUUUUACAAGGAAUUUUUAAGUAAAAAUUUUCAGAAGCAUAUGUAUUAUAACAGAGACUGGUACAAGCGUAAUUUUGCCAUCACCUUCCUCAUGGGGAAAGUGGCAUUGGAGAAGAUCUGGAACAAGCUGCGACGGAAGCAAAAGAAGCUAAGUGUUUAGGAGCCCACUCCACCAGACCCUCCAGCAUCUAGGUUCCAUUCAUGAGGGCCCUGAAAUCUGUAAGUGGCUGGGCAUGGUGACAAACACCUUUAAUCCCAGCACUCAGAAGGCUGAAAUAGGAGGAUCACUGUGAGUUCAAGGCUAGUCUGGGACUACAGAGUCAAUUCCAGGUCAGC